AUGGGUCUCGCAUCCUGGCGAUGGCUGUUCAUCAUUGAGGGAUCCAUGACUGUCGCCAUCGCGCUCUUGGCCCUGUUCGUUCUUCCCGACUUCCCCAUCAACACGAGGUGGAUCUCUCCCGUUGAACGUGACCUGGCGACGUGGCGGCUGUAUAUCGACGUGGGCCAAGAGGACUGGGUCGACUCGCGGCGCGAAUCCCUCUGGGACGGCCUGAAACUCUGUCUGCACGACCCGAAGACCUUUAUUGGCAUUCCCCUGAUCUUUGGCGUCGUCUCAUCCGGGACCAUCAGCAGCUAUUUCCCCACCGUCGUCAGCACGCUGGGUUACAACCACACCAAAACCCUUCUUCUGACAGCGCCGCCAUACCUGCUCUCCUGCAUCGGCGCCCUUGGCGUGUGCCUCAAUGCCGACCGCACGGGCGAACGCUACCUCCACUUUACGCUUCCAGUCUGGGUGUCGGUGGCCGGGUUCGUCAUCUCGGCCUCGACCCUCAAUGUGCCGGCCCGAUACUUCUCGAUGAUGAUCAUGCUACCGGGCAUCUAUACCGCCUUCACGCUCGGUCUGACGUGGAUGGCCAAUACCAUGCCCCGUCCCCCGGCCAAGCGUGCAGCCCUUCUGGCCCUGUGCAACGCCUGUUCUAAUUGCUCGAGUGUGUACGGCCCCUUCAUGUAUCCGGACUGGCAGGCACCACGGUUCAUCAUCGCCAUGUGCGUCAACGCAGGGACGGCCCUCAUGUCCAUCGCUGUGGCUACCGGGUUUAGGUUUCACCUGGUGAGGCUCAAUCGGCAGCUAGAUAUCGACGAAGGGUUUGGCCCGAAUGCAGAUGGCGAGGCGGACGCCGGGCCCCAACAGGGUGGCACGGCUGAGAAAGGGUUCAGGUACUUGUAUUAA